AUGCAUCCGAAUGCUGACAUCACGAAAGAUCAAAAUGAGACGAACUCUCUCCUUGGUUCCGUGCUUCUCACAAUGUCACGAGCAGCUGGUGGAAAUGCUGGAGCAUCAGAUGACGAUUCCGUGCUUGAAGUUACCAAAGACAUGCUCAACAAACUACCAGAUGACUUUGACAUUGAAGCGACGAUGCGCAAGUUCCCGACGAGAUACGAAGAAUCGAUGAAUACAGUUCUUGUUCAAGAGAUGGUGCGAUUCAAUGCGCUCACGAAAGUUGUGCGCAAUUCGCUUAUCGAAAUUCAAAAGGCGAUCAAGGGUCUUGUUGUGAUGAACUCGGACCUGGAAACAAUGUUCCGCGAAGUACUUAGUGGUCAAAUCCCGACUUUAUGGACUAAAAAGUCUUAUCCUUCGCUCAAAACUCUUGGAGGAUAUUUCAACGAUUUGCUUGAUCGACUUAAUUUUCUUAAGGACUGGUAUGACAACGGUACUCCUCAACAAUUCUGGUGUUCUGGAUUCUUCUUCACGCAGGCGUUUCUGACUGGCGUUCAACAAAACUACGCUAGAAAAUACAAGAUCCCUAUUGACUUGCUAACUUUCGACUACGAAAUCAUGGAGGAUAAGGACUACACAGCACCAGAUGAUGGCGCGUUUAUAUAUGGCUUCUUUUUGGAAGGUGCAAGAUGGGACAGAGAAAAGAAACUUCUCGCUGAAUCGCACCCAAAGAUCUUGUUUGACACGAUGCCUAAAAUAUGGCUGAAGCCGUGCAAGAAAGACGAGCUCCCAGUUCGUCCUCAGUACAAUUGUCCUGUUUACAAAACAUCUGCAAGACGUGGAACCCUCUCUACAACUGGUCACUCAACCAACUUCGUCAUUAUGCUAACAGUUCCUACUGAUCAACCAGAAGAGCAUUGGAUCGGCCGAGGCGUAGCCAUGCUCUGCCAACUUGACUGA